GCAGGCGCUGCUGCGGCGGCGCGCUCCGCCUCGCCCGCUCCUGCGCCUGCGCGCUGCUCCUCUGCGGCGCCGCCGCGGGGGCCCUCGCGCCGCUGCGUGGGGGCUCCAGAGGCUUCGGACAGUGGCAGCACGGCGAGCACGCGAGCACGCCGCCACCGACGCCGCCUCCCACGCCGUCGCCCACGACCACAACGCCCAGGCCGCACACCCUCGAAGAGGCGCGCGAGCGGCUGGCGAGGGCGCGCGCCGCGGCCGAGGAGGAGGAGGCGCGGGCCACGGCGGCGCAGUCCGAGGCCGCAGCCAGGGCGGAGGAGCUGCGGGCCGCGCGGGCGCAGUUGGAAGCGGCCAGGGUCGAGUUCCAGGCCGCGGAGGCCAGGAGGCUGAGCCUCCGGCGGCGCCUGCAGGCCGCACGCGCCUCCUCGCGGCAGCGGGCCGGCCUCCUGGGCGCGCUGGGCACCGCACCGCUGCAGCGGUGCGCGGCGCUGGCCCUGGCGGUGCUCGGGGCGCGGAGCCUCUGCGGCCAGAAGGCCUUCACGCAGUCAUUCAACCUCGUCACCACGAACAUUGUCGGAAGUCUGCUUUUAGUCGCUUGCUUAUGCUACUUCCUGUCGUCACUCAGCACGCUGUUCGGCGACGCAGUGGAGGAUGUCUUGGCUGGCAACGCCCCGCUAUUGCUGUACUUACUCUGGGCUGCGCUGCUGGCAGUGGCGGCGCUGCGCCGGCACUCUGGCAUCCAAGUUUGUUGGGCGGCGUAUGUUGACGAGGUCAUCAUGACGGACGACGGGGACGUGGUGAGCAUGAGGAGCGACCUCCCCAGAGUGCUGAAGGGCCCCCUGCUGCCGGCGCCGCGCUCGGCCGCCUGA